AAGCACUGACGUGUACACACUGGAACCGUGGCUAGUGUAGCUAGCUAGGUAGAGCCGGUAGUGACACAACGGCCGUUCCAGAAUGUCAGAAGGGGACAGCAUUGGGGAGUCAAUCCAUGGGAAGCCAUCUGUAGUCUCUGCCCUUUUCACAAGGAUCGGACAGAUCUAUCAAUCAUGGCUGGACAAGUCCACGCCGUUCUACGCAGUGCGAUGGGCGGCGACCCUUCUACUAACUGCAAUAUACAUGAUCAGAGUGUACAUACUACAGGGUUGGUACAUAGUCACAUACGCUUUGGGAAUCUACCACCUCAAUCUCUUCAUUGCGUUUCUGUCGCCUAAAGUGGACCCCUCCCUGCUUGACGAAGAUGAGGGCCCAUCCCUCCCCACCAAGCAGAACGAGGAGUUCCGUCCUUUCAUCAGGAGGUUGCCGGAAUUCAAAUUCUGGCACUCCGCAACAAAAGGCAUCAUCGUCGCCAUGAUUUGCACAUUUUUUGAUGCCUUCAACGUGCCAGUGUUCUGGCCCAUACUUGUUAUGUACUUCAUCAUGCUCUUCUGCAUAACCAUGAAGAGGCAGAUCAAGCAUAUGAUCAAGUACAGAUACCUCCCCUUCACGCACGGGAAGAGGACAUACAAAGGCAAGGAGGACACAGGGAAACCGUUUGCUAGUUAGAUUGCCACUCGCUGCGGGAGGGGGGUGCUUGGGUUUGGGACGAUGACACGACAACAAACAAAAUAAAGAUCACUGAUCCACAGCUGGCUGCGUUCUCAGAGCAGGAUAGACGUGUUCUCCAGAAAACUGCCUUCAUCAAGUCACCCUUUCUGUUGCUCUGUUCUGGCCUGCAUCCGUUCUCACUAGUCUGAAACUCGGUUCUGCCUUUUGCCUUUAACGCCCCUCGACGGGUGAGGGGGCGGCUCUAUUGGUCUGUGUAUUGAUGAUUCCAAGUUUUACCGCCCAAGUAUAUCAGCCAUUUUUUUUUUUCUAUCUCAUUUUUUGCUAUACAUAAAAGUCAGUAGUGUAGAGUAACGCUAGAGAAAAGAGAUUAAACGUGAAGGAAACAAGAGUAUUGCAUUGUCAACGCAGAGAUUUAAAGUCACAGUAAAGUAAGUGGCAGUCAAUCGUCUGACUACUUUAAGCUUACUUGCAAUUGAUUCAAUAAAAGGUUUUUUUUUCCUUGAUCGACUUGUCGAGGUCACGAGGCUGGCUCUCUUCCGAGCCUGUCGCUUUCUGAGCUCAGUAUUUUUGUUUCCAAAAGAUAAAGUCAUUCCGAGCUUCACGGGUACUGAAAGCUUCUCAGCUCAGUCUGCCGUGAACAAACCAACCUUCGUCUGGUACCAGAAUGAUUUGACAGUGAGUGAAAACAUGCAGUAUCUGACAAGACACUGGCAGACUUGAUCUUGAACUAUUAUUGGGAUGGGCCUCUACCUGGCAGAGGGACGGGAUCUUCCUGGAGGAUCCUGGAAGACCGAGCUUCUGCCACCUACCUGCAGAAGACCAAAGCCAAACGGCACCAUUCUUAGUUACUGAUAAGGUCCAAAUAUGUCAGUGUCGUCUGGUACUUCACUGAAGAACCCUCAAAUGUCUUUUUCUUUAUGAGCAGCAGCGGCAUUUUUGAGCUUGUGGUUGAAGCCACCUGCCCCUCGCUUCCGCGCCCAUUUUUAGAGUCUGCCCACUUGCUUUCCUGUAGCUCUGCUGUUGUUAUUAUUUGGGGGGAUUCUUACGCCAAACUCUGGCCCUCACUGAAGGAAGGGAUCAAAUCAUAUUCCUGUAAAAAGGUUGUCAGGAGGAUUUGUAUAUAUAUAAAUAUAUUUUAAAAUAUAACUUUUCUUUUUUUUUUCUUAGAUUUUUUUUUCUUUAACCACAAAACUAUUUAAAUUGUUCAUUUGAAAUUCAUAAAAAAAAAGAACUGCUUCAUUUGGCUCUCGAUUUGACGGAUGAUCAUGUUCCUCAUUGCAUGUUAUUGUUUUCUUGUGCGACAGUCAAACGAAAAAAAGAUACCGACAAAACUUGAUUUUAUUAACUUAAGUGUAAUUUUUCACUCCAAAUGCUAUUAAAGAGACUGUGUUCCUUGAAACA